AUGGCGAAGGAGGAGCCGGGGUCGCCGGAGCUCCAGCGGAGGCAGCGAAGCCCCGAGCAGCCCUUCGCCUUCGCUUUGCUGCCGGGGUCGCUCGCUGCAGUCCAUGAAGGUAGCGGUGGCGGCGGCGGCGGCAGCAACCGAGCAGCCCCUCAGACACCGACUGAGGCGAGCAGAGAGAGGAGUUACUAUGUCAACCAGCGAGAUCCGCCGCCGCCACCCCUCCGAAAGUCGUCACUGCCCGCAGCCUUUGCCAAAAAAAGGAGGGGGCUUUAA